GACGUGCCCAAUCAAGAGCCUACUUGACCUGGCAUCGCGGUUGCUUCCUCGGCUCUCGUUCACCGGCAGUCUUUACCGCUUGCCAAUUUCAGCUCCGAAAGGCCGACCUGCCUGUUGUCUUCGGGCGGCCCGACCCGGCGCGUCUCGACAGCGCCGACCCCCUUACCCGCUUUAGCAUCAACUACUUACUUCUCCCUGUUUCCCCCCCUUUCUUCUUUUCACCAUGUCGCCCGCCGCCGCCGCAACGUUUCGUGCUUCCCUCCUUCGCACAUCUGCCUGGUCUCGUGUCACCCUGAACACAGCCUCCAGCAGCUUCCGUGCCACGCCUGCUUCUUCCGUGUCCCGCGCCGUCCCUGUCUUUGCGUACUCGCACCUGAACCGCCGCACAAUGGCGACCAACGCCCCCGCCAAGAUCAAGGUCAAGAACCCCGUCGUCGAGCUGGACGGCGAUGAGAUGACCCGUGUCAUCUGGAAGGACAUCAAGGAGAAGUUCAUCUACCCUUACCUGGACAUUGACCUCAAGUACUACGACCUCGGCCUCGAGUACCGCGACCAGACCAACGACCAGGUCACUCUGGAUGCUGCCGAAGCCAUUAAGAAGUACUCGGUCGGCGUCAAGUGUGCCACCAUCACCCCCGAUGAGGCUCGUGUCAAGGAAUUCAACCUCAAGCAGAUGUGGCUCUCCCCCAACGGCACCAUCCGCAAUGCCCUUGGCGGUACCGUCUUCCGUGAGCCAAUCGUCAUCCCCCGCAUUCCUCGCCUCGUUCCCGGGUGGAAGAAGCCCAUCAUCAUUGGCCGCCAUGCCUUUGGCGACCAGUACCGGGCAAAGGACAUAGUCGUUCCCGGCCCCGGCAAGCUCACCAUGGUCUACACCCCUGCCAAUGGCGAGCCGCAAGAGAUCGAAGUGUUCGAGUACAAGAACGGUGGCGGCGUCGCUCAGACUCAGUACAACACCAACGAGAGCAUCGCCGGCUUCGCCCACGCCAGCUUCAAGCUCGCCCUUGACAAGGGGCUGCCACUCUACAUGAGCACCAAGAACACCAUUCUCAAGAAGUACGACGGCCGCUUCAAGGACAUCUUCCAGGAGCUGUACGACACCCAGUAUAAGGCCGACUUCGAGGCUAAGGGUAUCUGGUACGAGCACCGCCUGAUCGACGACAUGGUCGCUCAGAUGAUCAAGAGCAGCGGUGGCUACGUCAUGGCGCUGAAGAACUAUGACGGUGACGUCCAGUCCGAUAUCGUCGCUCAAGGGUUCGGCUCCCUGGGUCUGAUGACCUCGGUUCUCAUUACUCCUGACGGCAAGACUUUCGAGUCCGAGGCCGCCCACGGCACCGUCACCCGCCACUACCGCGAGUAUCAGAAGGGCCGGGAAACGUCGACGAACCCCAUUGCCUCCAUCUUCGCCUGGACUCGCGGCCUGAUUCAGCGUGGCAAGCUCGAUGGGACUCCCGAGGUUAUCGCCUUUGCCGAGAGCCUGGAGCAAGCCUGCAUUGACACCGUCGACAUCGACGGUAUCAUGACCAAGGACUUGGCGCUUGCGUGCGGCAAGACUGCCCGCGAGGACUAUGUAACCACAAGCGAGUACCUCAACGCCGUCGAGAGGAGGUUGAAGCAAAGUCUCAAGGAGAAGCUCUAAACCGAGGAACGAAACCAACAAAUGCCGGUUGGGAGCCUCUCGGAGCUUUUUAGGCCCUCGGCUUCCGUGGUAGCAAGCGCGGCUCCCGUUGUGGACACACCCGGCAGUCAUAUUUGCUGGCCAGACAAACAUCCGUAUGGAUAGGUCCCGGUGAGCUGAUCCACCAGAUUUGGCUGUUUGGGGUAUCUGAGAUUGCAUAUCAGCAUCGAUUUGGCCAUGCAUUCUCGGUUUUAUAGGGGCAUUUUUGUCAUAGUUCCCGCAUCAGUUUCCCAGUGUAUAUUUCCCAUAGGGGCAAGCGAGGACUUGACGUGUUUGUAUAUACAACG